AAGAAGCCAUUACUAUAUUGGAAACGACAGUCUGUGAUCGGUCUUGGGUUAGUUAUAAAAAAAAUCGGUACAUGGCUUCCAUCUUUGACGACAUGUAGAGCGGUCACUCGACUAUCUUGUCAAUAUAAUAUAUAAUCUUUGUUUUAUGGAUGGGUGGACUAGCUGCGCUACAAUAUUUACGGGUGAAACUGGCGGACAGAAUCGCCGCUGCUGUUUUUUUAAAGGCAUAGAGCAGCAAACCGAGAUGAAGGGGCAGCAGAAGAGCCCGGAUGACGACUGUGACGUGCCCAUAAUCGAUGAAGGUGAGCGCCAUAGAGAGUAUUCUAUGAUUUAUCAUAAUGGUGCUGUUGCCAUGGCCGACGACCCAACUGCCAUCACCACCAUCCAGUCUGCAGCCACCUUCUCGUCUGAUCAACCAAUCAAGUACCUGUUCAAGACCGAAGGAGGCGGGUUGCCGGUAGGGGAGUUGUACCCUCCCUCAGGGCAGGUGACGUACCGGGUGAUCCAGGUGUCUGAUGGACAGGUGGACGGACAGACAGACGGCGCCUCUGCUGUUAGCGUGGUGACGGGCUUCCCCGCAACGACACAGACUGUCACACAGGCGGUAUUUUCCCAGUCUGAGGGACUGGAGGGGGAAGCCUCAGAGACUCACUACUACUACCCUGUCACUGAUGCCACACAGACUACCAUGGUUGAGAAUGUACAAGCGCCAGAAACACUGCUCACUCAGAGCACACCCACUGGUCAGCUAUAUGUGAUGAUGUCCCCACAGGACGUGUUGGGCGGAACAAACCAGAGCAAGUCAGAGCCUCCUCGUACAUCUAGAGAUGACAAGAGACGAGCCCAACACAAUGAAGUUGAGCGCCGACGCAGAGAUAAGAUAAACAACUGGAUCGUCCAGCUAUCCAAAACCAUCCCAGACUGCACCCUGGAUGCGACGAAGAAUGGGCAGGUGAGUUCCCAGAGUAAAGGAGGGAUCCUGUCCAAGGCUUGUGAUUACAUCCAGGAGCUGCGUCAGAGCAACGCCAGACUGGGGGAGGACCUGGAGAAUCUGGAGAGACUACGCAUGGACAACCAGUUGCUCAGACAAGAGGUUGAUGAUUGGAAAACCAAGAACCAGAUGAUGAGAAGCCAGCUGAGACAGAACGGCAUUGUGGGAGCAGCAGGUGUAGAUCCACAGUGAAGGAGAAGUGACAAAGGUGCCUGUACGAGGGCUCUGUUUGAAUUGCCAAAAAAUACACCCUCCUUUCCUCACUUGAGGUAGUAACUGAUCUGUAUGGGAUUGGAGAGGUGAAACGUAGGGUCCCAAUGACACCAACCCAGUCAUCUUAUAUGUGUAAUUUCAUCUAGGAUGGAUGUAUUUGGAAAGCAUUCGAACAAGGUCUAGGAUGUUGUGGAUGUUGGAAUACGACAACAUUGGUCAGUGGAGGCGGUUGUAUGCAGAGGGUUGCUUCCAACAAAUCUGGACUGCACUCUUUUUGGAUGUCCUCCGUGAUGUUUUCUUCCUUGACAAUUGUAUGGACACCCCAUGAUCAUGGACAUUCAUCCUACCUAGAAAAACACUUAAGCUACACAGCAUAAUACUCAUGUCUGUGUUCUUUAUCACCUUUGAAAUCAAAUGUAUUUUGUGACCCCUCAAACAACUUGCCCAUAUAUGGGUAUUUCUACGCUCUUGCCACACAUUAUUUGAAAGAAAAAAUGUGAUGCCUUUUAUGUUUGAAAUAAAAUAUUUUAUGAAAAGGCUUAUUUAAAUGCUAGACUGAACCGAACACCAUGUCUAUUGGUUGACAGUUUCACUACCAGCUGACUGACACUGGUGUUCUCCAUCAGUUUGUAUCAGUCACUGAGCAAAUAAUGAAUUUGAUGGUUCUUUGUGUAUUUUUAGUUUUCCAAAAUUUGGACUAACCUAUUUCUGACAUUAAUACAACCUUCAGCCUCUAAUAUUAUUUUGUGUUAUAGGUUGAUUUGCUGUAAUUUCUAUUAAAUUUGUCUGAAAGAAA